AUGUCUGAGAUUGAUGUCCUCGUAUAUGGAUUGGGAGCCAUUGGCUCCUUCUAUGCCUUUGUCCUGAGUCGAUCCGACUCCGUACGACUAUCAGUCGUGGCACGUUCGAACUAUGACGCUGUAAAAGCAAAUCUGGGCUUCAAGGGAAUUGUAAUCAAUAGCGAGAAUCACGGCCAACAUACUGUGCAUCCAAACCGAGUCGUAAAAUCUGUCGCAGAAAUUUCACCAGUGGACUACAUCGUCUGCACCCACAAAGCAAUCGACCAGGAUGAGGUGGUAGCUCAAUUACAGCCAGCCAUCGACGACAGGACUACCAUUGUCAUCAUUCAGAAUGGAGUUGGCAACGAGGAACCUUUCCGAAAGCAGUUCCCCAACAACACAAUUAUAACCUGUGUGACGUGGGUGGGAGCAACGCAGAUAAGUCCUGGAAUUGUCGCACAUACCAAAUCUGAGGAUAUGCAGAUCGGCAUAUUCCCUAACCCCAAGGUCGAAAACCAGGUCGAACAACAACGACUUGAAACGUUCGCCGAUCUUCUCCGAAAUGGCAAGACUCAGUUCCAGGUUCUGGAGGAUAUGCAGAUCCAGCGGUGGGAGAAAGUUGUUUGGAACGCAGCAUGGAACUCAUUGACUACGCUCACCAUGGUGGAUACACAAACGUGGUUGAAGUCAUCGGAAGAUGCGACGCCGUUUACUCGCCAGUUGAUGAAAGAAGUCAUUAACAUCGCCCGUGCCUGUGGUGUACCACUGAAGGAUGGCCUGAUUGACCAGCUUAUGGACAAGAUCAAUGCCAUGCCUGGGAUUGGAAGCAGCAUGCAGACGGAUUGCAAAAGUGGACGGCCAAUGGAGAUCGAUGUUAUUUUGGGAUUCCCAGUGCGGAAGUCUCGAGAACUCGGCAUUCGAGCCCCCUUUUUGGAGACCCUCUACGUUCUUCUUCGGGCGGUUGAUGGCCGACUAAGGGCUGCGCGUUAG